CCGGUGAGGUCACUUCUUUCUCACCUGUACUCAAGUCAUCUUGUAUCUGAACUGAAGAGAGAGUGUCAAACUUGAAAGAAAGGAAUCUUUGGCAUCUUAGUUAGGCCCAUCAAAGAUUGAUCAUAUCUAGUUCUUUAAUCCUCCAUUGCAAAAUUCAUAGAAAAAAGACCGUUCAAUGCAUCUGAAUUUUUGGUAAUGUUUCCUUUACAACAAAGCAAGAAGCUGGUCUUCCAGAUUUCAUCUAAUCCUCAUCAUCACCAAGAUCACACAAUUUCAGAAGAUCAUGGAGUUCGUGGGUAGGGCGACAGGGGAAAAGGCCGGCUGCAGAAAUUAGGGGUUACUUUGGACUAUAUGAUGGAUCAUGAUCACAAUUCUAAUGAUCAUAACAAGAAGAACAAAACGUUGAUGCAUAGGGAAAAUGAAAGGCAGAGACGGAAAGAAAUGGGUACCCUACAUGCUUCACUUAGAUCCCUACUUCCUCCUGAAUUUAUCAAGGGAAAGCGUUCGAUAUCUGACCACACGAACGAGGCUGUGAAUUAUAUAAACCACAUCCAGAACAGAAUCAGGAGGUUAGACGCCAAGAGAGCUGAACUGAAGAAGGUUUCCAAUCUAAGUAGCUCUAAUACUAGUUCUGACGACCAUGGUGGUGAAAGUUCCUAUAGGGGAUCGCUGAGCUGUUUCAAAGUCGACCCAUGUUGCGGUGGGGUGCAAAUCAUGAUCAGUACUACCAUCGGCUUCAGAUCUGGAGAGGAAGGGUUACCCUUCUCAAUUUCUAGGGUUUUGGAAGUGCUUCUUGAACAAGGGCUUUGUGUUGUGAGCUGUGUUUCCUCCAAAAUAGAUGACAGACUCCUUCAUACGAUCCAGUCCGAGGUGAAUGAUCUGGAGAGUAUCGAUCUUUCUGCGCUGGAACAGAAACUAGCCGAAGUGCUUCCACAAUCUAGAUGAAUAUCCAAGUAACUUAAAACUUGUGUUCCUUCAUUUUGGCCUUGGACUCCCCAGUAUGGUGCUCCAAUCUUAUUUUUGUUCCCCAGAAAGAUGAAAAUUGGAGCAUUAGUCCCUGAACUUGACCCAAUUGGAGAUUCGGUUCUCAAACUAAAAUUCCUUAAGCAUUGGUUCUUUAAACUUGUCACAAUGUGAAGCAAUGAUCAUUUUGGACUGUUAUUAGAGCUUC